CGACAUUUUCUAUUUCCUGACAUCCGAGGCCUAGAAACUUCACUCGAUGAAUCUGUUGUUGUACAUGGCGUCGAUGGCGGUGAUGAUUCUGCUGCCGUUCACGCUGUACAUCGAAGGGAAUGUGGCGGCGGUGACGUGGAGCUCGCUGACGCUGCAGGUGCUGGGGAACGCGACGGCGGCGAUGGCGGCGGUGACGUGGAGCUCGCUGACGCUGCAGGUGCUGGGGAACACGACGGCGACGAUGGUUUUCGAAUCCAACCCUAGGUGGUGCUGGGGAACAGAGAUGCAUCAUCUUCUUCGCCACCGUUAACACAUGGGGAAUAUAUUUGGGCCAACAAUUAUUUAGGCCAUCACCGCUUGGGACACCAGCGGUGAAUGGCC